AUUGUAUAGUGCGUCAUCUACAUCGGUCGCAUCAAAAUAAACAUGGCGGAGGAUAAAAUAGGUUCGUUGGAAGAGGAAGCUUUAAAAAGAAAAGAACGUUUGCAAGCUUUAAAAAGGAAGACUGAAGAUAACAAGGAAAAUAGAAAUGAAAUUGCUAGUAAAUUGCCAAAACCAAAGUUUCGAAGUUACAAGCCACAAGACGAUAGUCUGAAGGAUAAAAUAUUAGACGAUGCCAAACCCGGGAAUGUAGAAGAGGAAGUACAAGAUCAGUUGAGUGCUGCAAAUACAAAAGUUGUCAUCGAGGAAUUGGAUAUCAGUAAUCUUGCUCCUAGAAAACCAGACUGGGAUUUAAAACGAGAUGUUGCUAAGAAGUUAGAAAAAUUGGAAAGGAGAACCCAAAAAGCAAUAGCUGAACUUAUAAGAGAUCGACUUAAGCAAGGACAACAUGAUUUAGCUGCUGUAGUAAAUAUGGCAACUAAAGAUCAAACUGAAUCACCCACCUGAGGGUAUUAAUAACUUUCUACAUAUUUUUAUAUCAUAAUAUUUAAAUAAUUUUGUACAUACAAAAAACCGUAAUGAUACCUUUUUAUAA